GCCAUGGUGUGGGGUGAGCUCAGCACUGCCUACAGCCCUGCGCCAGGGACUCCUCUUGGGCUCCUGCAGUCCCUUGGCCCUAGAAUGUGUGUGUACAGGGAACAGCCACACAUUGGGAAAGCAAGUGCCGGCAUUACUGGGAUCUGCUCUCUCAUAAGGCCUCCUUACUUAUAGCAAAUCCUGGGAUCUGCUCCACCCUUAUUCCACAACCCCACCUGCCUGUGCCUUGCCACCCAUCGCUGAUGGCAGCAGUACCCAUCACCUCUCUGUGUGCCACCCGCUCUGGGAGAUGGCCACGUGCAACCAUGAAGCCCGUAUCCUUUGCUCCUCGUUGCCAGGACAUUGUCACUGAUUUGGAUGUCCGGUGUAGUGACCAGCCAAGUUACCCAGCGUUUUUACUCAUCCUCCACACGUGCCUGGGCAAGCCAAAUGGUACAUCACUGAUCUCCAGUUUAAUCUCUCUAUGCCACCAGCAUUUUGUCUGUAGAAGAGGUGCAGUAAUGCUGCUUCAACUGUCCUGUUUUAACUGUGAGGCCUGGCUUUGUCUCACUGUCUUUCCACUGAUGAGCCCAUGCUGUCUUGAGACCUCUCCUUCCUUACACGCAGAGGUCUUCCUGGAUUUCUCUGAGGACACUUGCAUUGACAGCAACAGAGAUCUGAAGUGUGGUGUUUGCUGCAAACUAAAGGCAAAAAAUUCACCUCAGUCCUUGAAAAAGGAGGAAUCUGCUCACCCAUGUUUAACUGCUCUCUGGAUUCUGCUCUUUUCUAACCUUCAUUUCCACUUAUAUGACCUGCCCAGAGGUGUGGGCUCACAUGUUACUCCUGCUGACCCGGGCAGGACAUCGUGUGCCUGGUGCGCCGUCCCGCACUGACGUGGUUCUUGAAAACCCGAUGUGACUGAGGGCAUCCAGAGCUUGGGGGUGAGUUGUUGCCAGGUCUCCUGGAGCACUACCCAGCAGUGCUGGAAACAGCCUCGGGGAUAAACACUCAUGCAAAUGAUCAGGCAGACCCUUCCUCAAGGAGGGCCUCCCAAGACAAUGUUUGUAGGGCUUAAAGUGGAAAAUUGUUUCACCAAAAAAAUUCC